AUGGAGCGGCUGGUUGUGUGCGUGCUGCUCUGCGCGGCUCUGGUGGAGGGUUACAGCUGCCCCGGCCGCUGUAUCUGCCAGCACCUCUCCCCAACUCUGACCCUGCUCUGCGCCAAGACCGGCUUGCUAUUUGUCCCCCCGACCAUCGACCGCAAGACCGUGGAGCUGCGACUCACGGACAACUUCAUCACCAUCAUCCGCAGGAAAGACUUUUACAACAUGACCAGCCUGGUCCACCUCACGUUAUCCCGUAACACCAUCAGCCAGAUCGUCCCUCACGCCUUCCUCGGCCUGCGGUCUCUGCGGGCGCUCCACAUGGACGGAAACCGCCUCAGUGCGAUUAAGAGCGACCACUUUAAAGGCCUCAUCAACUUGCGUCACCUCAUCCUCGGGAACAACCAGAUCCACCUGGUGGCUCCGAACUCCUUCGAUGAGUUUGUUUCCACGAUCGAGGACUUGGAUUUGUCCAACAACAACCUGCGCACGCUCCCCUGGGAGGCCAUCGCCAGGAUGACCAAUAUUAACACACUCACUCUGGACCACAACCUGAUUGACCACAUCGGAGCGGGGACAUUUACACUGCUUACCAAGCUGGUCCGUCUGGACAUGACCUCCAACAGGCUGCAGAAGCUGCCGCCAGACAGCUUGUUGCAGCACGCUCAGGUGCUGUCGGAUGCCAAAGGCUCCAGCUCAUCCACUCUGGCUGUGAGCUUUGGAGGAAACCCACUUCACUGUAAUUGCGAGCUGCUUUGGCUCCGUCGGCUGACAAGAGAAGAUGACCUGGAGACCUGUGCCUCCCCUGAGCACCUGAUGGAUAAAUAUUUCUGGUCGAUACAGGAGGAGGAGUUUAUCUGUGAGCCCCCGCUGAUCACCAAACAUCUAUCCACUAAGCCUUAUGUGAUGGAAGGGCAGGGUGUGACUCUUAAAUGUAAAGCUGUAGGUGAUCCAGAUCCUGAUAUCCACUGGCGGUCUCCAGACGGCAAGCUGGUGCAUAAUAACUCCCGCACCAUCUUGUAUGAUAAUGGUACCCUUGAUAUUCUCAUCACCACGCUCAAGGACAGCGGGGCUUUUAGCUGCGUGGCAUCCAACGCCGCAGGCAUCGCUACAGCUGCUGUCGAGAUCAACAUGAUCCCCUUACCCUUGUUUGUGAACAACACGGGUCACAUGCGCGAGGACCCCGGCCUCUCAGACAUCACCACCUCCUCCAAAUCCGGUAAUGACACCAAGGGCUACGACAAGCAGGACAGGAGGGUGAUGGUCUCCGAGCUGACCUCCUCCUCCGCCGUGAUCCGCUGGCCGUCCGAGCGACACAUCCCCGGCAUCAGGAUGUACCAGAUCCAGUACAACAGCACGGCGGAUGAUACUUUGGUGUACAGGUAAGUCUUGGUGGAGGGGAGCAGAGGGUGUUGGUGGUGGGAGCAGGGACAUGAGGAAAGGUGAGACAUCUGGAGUUACCAUCUGCUGGAUGACGCAGCUGCCGACUGAAAGAUCCCAAAGUAGCAAAUUGAUGAAGUACGUUCAAAAAUAAGUAGAGCUCCUGAAGUGCAAGCAGGUGAUUGAUUUAAAGAGUUUAUUUCAUUUCCUUUAAAAUAUCACGCGAUAUAAUGAAAAUGGACCGAACAUUUAAGAUAUUCAUAGACUCAAUAAAUGAUUCACUGUCUCUGAUACUUGAGUAAAUUGAAGUUGAGCACUCUACUGAAAUAAAGAGCCUGUAGCGCCAUAAAAAAACAAAUCAACAAUAAACAAUAACAUGAGGGCAGACGACUUCACUGCAUGUAAGGGUUUGUAUCAUUAGCAAGUGUCUGCAGUAAUUGGUAGAAACACGGAGUGUGAUUAGAUGUGGCUGACUAAUGAAAGGCUGGGUUUGCAGUGGUGGAAGAGGUAUCAUUUGCUUACAGAGGGUAAAAUAGAAAGAGCACACCAUUAAAAUACUCCCUGACAAGCAAAGGCCCCGCGUUUUAAAUUAACCUCCAGUAAAAGUACAGAAGUUAUUAUCAGAGAAGUGCAUCCUAAAUAAGAAAAACUUCAUCUGCUUAGUCUUCAGAGGAAAUAUCUGUCCUGGUUGAUGAAUUUUAUUGGAUUUAUUACAUUUCAGCACUUAGCGGUACGUCAGGAACAGAUGUAAGAGUAGUAAGGCUGGAGCUACCAUCAGGUAUUCAAAUUAAUGCUCUACAUCGCAGCAUUUAUUACACUUUAAGUUCAUUUGCAAUGCAAAUCGCAUUAUUGUCCUCUAUGGUGCAUUUAUCAAAACAAAAUUCACAAACGAUUGCGGAGAAGACAAACUCAAAGAUAAAUCUGUGUAUUAAUGGCACAAAAAAUCACCUCAGACGUGAUAGAGACCGAACAACGCCAGAUGCUGUUCAAACAACUGUGCAUAAAAAUCAUUCAUGGCUGCAGGACUGAGGUAGUUUUGAAUCGGUCCGACAGUCAUGCUGAAGCUCACCUGCGUCUGUUAUAAAGUCACAAAAUAAUUGAAAGGAUGCACAAGAUGAUGAAAUGAGAGAAAAAAGGGGGAAACGACAAAAUCUGAUUUCCAUAGCUGUGUUAGUUUUGAAAGUAUUUACAGUUUUUGAUUCCUUUACCGUGUGUAAAGCAAAAUCAGAGAAUUAAGUAUAAUUCCCUUUGAAUGGAGCCAAGCACGGCUCUUUAGUUAAAGUGAAUACCUUACAGUGCAGAGACUGAACGAGAUCUCAUCUGUAACAUUUGCCAGGUGCCUUUGCCAAGUAUUGUGAGAAACAUUUCUUGGCUCUUGUUUGCCAUGAGUUGCAUACAGUUUAAUCUUUUUGAAAAAUAAGAAAACAGUCAAAUAAACAAACAGAUAAAUCCCUUUUCAAUAUUAGCUGUAUCAAAAGGGCUGGGGACAAGUUUUUAAUAUAUUGUUGUGGAUUAAAAUGGUGAAUUACUUUGGUAUCAUCUUUGUUUAGCUCAGUAUUUUUUGUAUCAUAUAGAGCAGGCGACUGUAAAAGUUUUUCAUUGGUCAUUGUCCCUAAAACAACGACCAAGCUCUCUCGACUUUGGCUCCCAAAUCGUGGGAGGAAUUGCCACUCGAGAUUAAAACACCCCCCACUCUUUCUACUUUUAAAUCACAUCUUAAAAUUCUUGGCUUUUAGUUCGGCAUGAGAGUUGUGUAAUCUCUGUCCUUUUAUGUCUUUUAUGGUCCUUCUAUCGCUUUUAUUUCUUUUAUGCUUUUGUGUUUUUAUUUCAUUGAUUUUAUUUCAUUUUAAAUGUUUUUUUACCUACUUGUAUUUGUUUCAUCUUGAUGGGUUUUUUUUGUUCUGCACUUCUUGUUCUUUUUAUUUUACUGUGCAGCACUUUGGUAAACUCGAAUGUUUUUUAAAAUGUGUGGUAUAUAUAAAGUGGAUUGGAUUGGAUUAGAUUGGUUGAGGACCACUGCCUGUUGACACACAAAGAGAGAGAAAUAUUGUUCGAGCUUCAAGGUCAGCCCAGUGUAUGUGGGUUUGGUCAUAAUAUAAAAAGAAAAAAGGGGGAGGAAUAAAGAGACCUCUUGUUUCUGAAAAACCUUCAAGGACAGCAACAAAGUCCUGGACCAAACUUUUAAUUACUAUGACCCGGGCGACUACAAGUUUUCCCACGCAUGUAUGAAAUUCAAUAAAUUCUAAAAAUCAAUCUAUCUGAUAAACCCUCGUCAUGGUCACAUUAACAGAACUCUCCCUGUUCAAACCGGCGAAUCAAAUGUUUGCAAACCUAUUGAAAGAAGAGUUUUGAAUGUGAGAAUGAGUUUUGAUAUUCGACCCUCACGAACUCACCUGGUGAGGGUUUAUUCAGGUGUUUUGUAUGCACAGAGCGAGUUAAUAAAUGUCAUCUUUUUUAAGAUACUUGAGACCUUCUGCUGUAUAAUUUUCUCAUCCGGUUUAGGCGUGGGGCUGAGUGUUGUUUUGUCUUUGGGUGCAACAUCAUAACCUCCAAAUGAUAACCAUCAGAGUCCCCCUGUGGGGAGAAGGAACAAGCUCCUAAUUAUAUUAACGCCAAUGUUGACCUGAAGACAAUACCUCUCCCUCUGCUGUAUUUAGAGAGGUGUAAUGUUGCAGCUGCCGACUAAAUGUGACCUUAGGUAUUCACACAUGAAAAUUGCCGCCACAUCAUGCAGCAGAGCCGCUCGCCCUGCAGCCUGCAGCGGUUGUGCAGCGCACCGUUAGACAGCGAGCCUUCUCUGCCAUGUUUAUCACCUUGUAGUUUACCCUUGCUGUUAUUUUACACACAAACCCAACAGAGCAACUUCUCACUGCUGUUUUAUAAGACGAUAGAGUUUCUCAUCAGUCAACUUUUAAUGAAAUGUUGUGGUUUCUCUGGGUGUCUAGCUCAGUACCUGAUAUUUAGUGCAGGAGCUGUGAUCGAGGAGUGUGUUGUGUUUUUGUUGUGAGGAGCUGGCACCUUUGUGUGAUUUAAUACACCCUAUGCAAAUCAGUAAAUGUGGGCGUUGUAAUUCUGAUGAUUAAUCGUCUACAUCUUCACUGGCGCUCUGUGUCUCCUCUCUCUGUAGAAUGAUCCCUUCAACAAGCAAGAACUUCUUAAUCAAUGAUCUGGCUGCAGGGCGGGAGUAUGACCUUUGCGUGCUGGCGGUUUAUGACGAUGGCAUCACAUCAUUAACAGCUACACGUGUGGUCGGAUGUGUGCAGUUCCACACGGCCAGCGAGGUCAGCCAGUGCCGCUUCAUGCACAGCCAGUUCCUGGGAGGCACCAUGAUCAUCAUUAUUGGUGGUAUAAUCGUUGCUUCUGUGCUGGUUUUCAUUAUCAUCCUGAUGAUCCGCUACAAGGCCUACAGCAGCCCAGAGGACAGCAAGACCAAGGUCAGCUCCAGCAUGCACUCACAGACCAACGGCAGCCAGCAGCGGCUGCAGCGCUCCGCCUCCAAGCAGCCCUCCGACGAUGGCCAGCGUGAAGCCGGGACGUCAAAAGAGUGCAUGGCGCUGGUGCUGCGGGUGGACCACGAGAAGAGGGAGGACGCAGGAGCCACCACUGCCAUCCUGGAGGUGGAGCUACCUCCGCUGAAUGUAGACAGGAUGAAGAGGAGGACCAGCCUGGACGCACAGCGCUCCGGCCCCCCGUCUGAAGACACGCAGACGGACAGUAGCCUCACAGGCUCAACCAUGUCCCUGUGUCUCAUAGGCCCCAAUGCUGGCUCCAAGGAGGCCCCCAGGCUCAAAGACAAGAAAAGCGCCCUGGCCAACAUGGGAUUACUCCCUAAUGAGCUGGCACGAACUAGGCAUAGAUUCUCGUUUGACGGAGGGGAUUACUCCAUUUUUCAGAGUCAUAGUUACCCCCGCAGAGCGAGGACGAGGUGGCACAAGUCCACCAACCAGCUCAACAUGGAGUCGUCUCCGCUCGCCAACAGGAGAGUUACAUUCAGCAGCACUGAGUGGAUGCUAGAGAGCACAGUGUGA